GUUAUGGGAAAUUGUGUGCGACUUUACACAGUUCAAUAUUGCAAUAAAAGGGUCAAAACUCGUUUAAGUGUAAUUUUAAACUUUUGCUUUUCGUUAUUUCUGAAUUAUGUGGGUUUAGAAUAUGAUUUGGGGUUUUGAAAACAAAUGAUAUUCACUGCACCCGUGUGUUCAUGUGCCGAUAGCUGAAGGAAGAUGGCAGCGUGUGCAAUACGUCGGGGCUUAUUGUCCACUGCAAGUAAAUAUAACCAGCACAAAUGCACUCACAGAAUACUAAGUGCGAUAGACUUCAACAGCGGGUUAGAUCCGAAAAGACCCCAGUCGUUGUGUUCAUCUUGCAGCUUGUCCAGUUUUCAACAGACGAGGUUCAUGUCAUCUCGAAACAGACCUGAGGGGAAAAUACUGGAAGCUGUUGGAGUAUUUGAAGCCCUGAAGCAGCAUGGAAAAUAUGAAACAGGACAGCUCUUCCUGCACAGUGUUUUUGGAUAUAGAGGAAUUGUUUUAUUCCCAUGGCACGCUCGUCUUUAUGAUCGCGAUGUGAGUCCUGCUACCACCGACAGUAAGCCAGACUCUACAGGUCAUGGAUCCAAAGAGGUGAAGGGUAAAAUGCACACGUACUACCAGGUCCUCAUAGACACCAGAGACUGUCCUCACAUAUCUCAGCGUUCUCAGACUGAAGCUGUGACGUUUCUGGCAAAUCAUGAUGAUAGUAGAGCACUGUAUGCAAUUCCAGGUCUGGAUUAUGUGAGUCACGAAGACAUCCUGCCUUACAACUCCACUGAACAAGUUCCUAUCCAGCAUGAGCUGUUUGAACGUUUCCUAAUGUUUAACCCCUCCAGAAAUCCUCCGUUCACUGCGAGAGAUACCUUACGGGCCUGGCAAGAGAAGAACCAUCCCUGGCUGGAGCUGUCAGAUGUGCACCGGGAAACCACAGAGAACAUCCGCGUCACCGUCAUCCCCUUCUAUAUGGGCAUGAGAGAAGCUCAAAACUCCCAUGUGUAUUGGUGGCGUUAUUGCAUCCGUCUGGAGAACCUGGGCAAUGAGGUGGUUCAGCUCAGGGAAAGACAUUGGAGGAUCUUCAGUCUCUCUGGGACUCUAGAAACAGUCCGUGGAAGAGGAGUGGUUGGCAAGGAGCCUGUUUUAUCAAGAGAACAGCCGGCGUUUCAGUACAGCAGUCAUGUUUCACUUCAAGCACCCAGUGGACACAUGUGGGGGACGUUCUGCUUUGAGAGGACAGAUGGCUCGCACUUUGACGUGCGCAUUCCACCUUUUUCAUUAGAAAGCAAUAAGUAUGACAAAGCUCCCCCUACUGGCUAUCCCUUGUAGUAAGCCUGCACCUGUGCGACUACCGUCACGGAUUGGCUCAUCAUCCCUACAGGCUGUUCCCUUGGAGAUCCAUGUUUUACCUUCCUUAUCACUGUUCCUUAAAUAUACAAUGGUUUUUAGCAAAGCGUCCUUCAGACCCUGACUGCAGCAUGGGGGAUUUGAAACAACCGCAUAUCUUAAAAAGAAAAGGCAUAGCAAGUUGCAAUGAGGGUUGAUCUUAUUAAGAAGUGUGAUGCAAGAGCGUGAAGGGAACAUGGAUAGAUCCUCUCAAAUCCUUGCAUCGAGAAAGGCCGUGCUGAAAGAAUUUGAAUAUGAUUUGUUGUUUUCUAUUUAUUUGGACGGCUGUGUUGAACAACUGAAUAAGCUUAUUAGCAUUAAUUAAGCGUAUUGCAAUUUAUCUCUGAGUUCAAACCCCCAUUUAGUCAAUUCCUUAUAUUCUGGAGAAAGACCGAUCAGUGUACAUUGAAUGUUUUCUCCAAAUGCCUAAUUAGACUAAUUAAAGACUUGCUGCAAAGAUCAUACUAAGGCCAUCCCAAAGUCAGCCAGUGGAAUGUGGUUUGACGAAGAAAGCCUAGUGGGACGAAACCGUAUUAGAGAUCAUCCUCACACCAACUUUUCAUCAUGGAUUUUGAUUAAACUGUUGAAUGAUGAACUGCUUUACUGUUCACUGUAAAUAUGUUUGUAAAAGCAUAAAUAAAAUGACAUUUCCAGA